CGACACACAGUGUUAUGUUUCUUGUGCUUGGGCUCUGCAAUAAUUAUUAUUAGUUUCUUUGUAUCGGGAAGAGCGCAUCGAGUUGCUGACCUCGGCAAACUGUCUCCAGAAGCAUUGAGAAGUUGCGCCAAAGACUUCGGACACUCGAAGUACAUGGUGCACACAGCGGAACAACUCAGAAAUGUCUCGGCAUGAGGGCGUUUCUUGCGACUCAUGUCUCCGCAGCAAUUUCAAAGGACGGCGUUACAAAUGUCUCGUAUGCUAUGACUAUGACUUGUGCGGCAGCUGUUUCGAGACUGGAGCGACGAGCGCGAGACAUCUGUCGUCGCACGCCAUGCAGUGUAUGCUUCCGAGAGCAGAGUACGAACUUUACUACCAGGGAGAGAGCGCAUCGCUUCAAUCAGAAGUUCCGUUAUCACUGACUUGUCCCUACUGCGCGAAAAUGGGCCUGACGGAAGCAACCUUAUACGACCAUGUGUGCUGUGAGCACGCGGAUCUUGCAACUGAAGUGGUGUGCCCGAUCUGCGCCUCUCAACCGGGUGGGGAACCCAAUAACGUUGUUUUGGACUUCGUCGCACACAUACAGCGAGAGCACCGAGCGGCGCAAGAUGACCCUCAUUCGGAACCGCACGACCGGCAACAGAGUCGACGAAUGCUUCUGAGAGGCGGCGCGACAAGUCGCGGCAGUGCCGGCAGCAGCGGGGGUCUACCCCGAGGUGCAUCUCGGAGGAUGCCUUUCGGUUCCGCCCCCUUGUCACCUCGGGAAUCGACGAUGGAAUCCAUUACCGAAAUCUUAUCGCAACUCACAGCUGCGGGAAGAAGAAACCACAAUGGUCAGAAUUCAUCUGCCCAACACACCAUCCAGCAGCUGCAAAUGCAGAUGGACCGGCAGAACCCUCAGAUGAGCCGGCAGCAGCUCGAUAAGAUUCCUCGUCGAGGACCGUCUCGAGCCAGCCUCGGUAACCACAACUCUCUGGAUCCUUCGAUGUCGAUUGGAUCGUUGGCUGGGGGAGUCGCAGGGAUCAUGCCCGGUGACCGGCAGGGCGCUUUCGGUGCAGCUGAUAACGGCACGGGAAGCUCACAGUUUUUGUUGGCCAGAUAUUUGAAUGAGGGAGGAGCGCGGAGUUCCAAACAAGGAAGAAGCUCGAGAUCUGUGGGUCCCGAUCGCGCUCAGUUUGUUGAGAAUCUCUUACUCAACACUCUGUUGCCGAAUAGCUCCCUCUGGAGAGUGCGUGCUAGUCAUCUCGCUUCGUCUUCGAAAAGCGAAAAACCCAGUGAAACUUCUGCUACUGCAUCUGCUGCUGCUGCUAAUGUCGAGGAGCAAGCGACCGAAUACCACUCAGGACCAGAAGAAGAGCCCUCUGAAGGUCUGGAGGCAGUUGCCGCCAACGAACCUGGUGAUGAAUUAUCCGACACUGAUGUCAGCCCAGAACCAAGACGAAGACGAUCUUUGAGACAUAGGAACGAGUCUACGGGCACAGCAACAAAUCAUAAUUGACUGUAAAAUAUUUUCCUAAUAAUAAAUACAUAGACGAACGAAAGGAGGGCGAGCUCGACGCGAAGUGAAAAAUGAUAUUAAGUGAAGAAUUGAAGAGAGUUCGUUGUUUGAAAGAAUCUUUCCGAAGCCGGGUAACGAAGCGUACGGCUCGCUUGACGAGAGUUUCUGUAAAAAGAAUUAAGAAAAUAAAUC